AUGUUUUCAUCAAUAUCGGUUUCUCUAUAAGAUUUAAGGGGUUAAAGAAUAAUUUCUUCGAAUGGCACAUCAAAUUAUAGAGAUUUUUAAAGGUUGCCUGUCACAAAGACUAAUUAUAAGAGAUAGUACUUAAAAGGAGCAUCAAAUAGAGUUAAGUCACUCAAGGAGGAAUCUAAUUUUGUAUAACUGUGCAGUGAGAGAAAAGACAAUGAGAAACUAUUUAAGUUUAAUAAGCAAGGUUAACUAUUAAACUACAGGAAUUUCCAUCUCCAUAAAUAAUACCCACUCACUUAAAGGGAAUAAUAAAAUGAAGUCGAUGGUUUAAAUAAAAUUAAUAGUGGAAGAUAGAUGUUUAAAAACUCAUCAUUAAAGUUAAUUACUGAUUCCAACAAUCAGUUAAUUGAAUUAGUGUGUUCAUCUGAACCAGUUAUCUAAAAAAAUAAAAAGACUAAUUCUAUUUCUAAUGUUCCAAAAGUGGAAGAAAGAACCAAUAACACUACUAAUUAUAGUAAUACUAAGAGAAUAUCAUCUGCAAAUAACCAUCUAUAAUUGAUAAUCUCAUCAGCAAGUAACAAGGAAGAUCUAUUAUUUAAAAGUACCCAAUCCACUCAGAAUUAUACAUCAAAAGUGAUAAUUAAAGAAAAUAAACUAGACAGAAGUUUGAAGGCUAAAAUACCCACAUCUUUUGAUGGAACUAAGAAGUUUUUAAAGUAAUUUAUAUGA